UGUUGGAUUAGCAAUUUUUCGACAGCUAUUAUUUAUAAAAAGCCACCUUUACUUACUUACGAUAUUCUAACAGUAGUUUUAUGUUUUGAGCGCAGUGGUUUUAUAUGUCAAGUGCUUUACGGGUGUUGCGGAAUGUCACGUUUGUUGUACCGUUGCCUAGCAACGAACUGGAUAGCUGCUUUUACAUUAUAAAGUAGCGUUUUCACAACUCUACCAACAAUGUCUGAAGCCAUCUACCCAGCAGGAAGCGUCUACGACUGGAUCCCAAAGGAGCAAGAGGAAAUUAAAAAACCACCAAGAUAUGUGUCCAAGUUCAGGCCAGCUGUCAUUCUUGAGCACAAGUUAACCAAAGAUGCAAAGAAGACGAUGGGACCACCAAAAGUGGAAUUGCCAUCUCCGGAUAAGUACCUGAAAAAACACUCAAAGCAUCCCAAACCACCUGAGAAGUCAGAAGACGGGCAUAAGACUCGGACCUGCGCAGUGAGGAAGCCAGCGGUCCCUAGGCGGACUGAGAAACCGCUGAUGGGGAUCCAAACCCAAAGGGAUUUCUUACAGACUACCGUCAUGUUUCCCAGAAAGCCUAAAGCCAUUUCUGUUGACACAAAGGAAGGACACAAACAGCUCCUGGAAAACUCUGGACUUGUCCCUAAAUACGUCAUGAAAAAGGAUUACGGUGAAGUACCGACGUAUCUGCAGCUGCGCAGUGAAGCCGAGCGGAAGGCCCAGGCGGAGUACCAGCGCCUGGUAAGGGAGCAGAAUGUGCUGCAGCGGCUAACGGAGGAGGAUCACCAGGCCGUCCUGAAGGGCCUGAAGAAGAAGUGGGACGAACUCCACCAUGAAUACCAGGGCCUUCCUAUCCUCAUCGACACGCCGUCAAAGAAAACCCGGAAGAUCCGCCUGGAGGAGAACAUGAGUCAACUGGAGAAGGACAUCAGCUUCUUUGAAAGCGUCGUGAUGUCAUCAGGAAAUCCUCCAUCUGUUGCUCCGUCCAGUGUUCUGGUGGUGGAAUCAAGCCGUUAAUGUUGAUGGCUCCAAAUAUCAUUUUGUUUCUCUAUUUUCUAAACAAUUUGCCAGAAACACCUGAAUUUUAAUUCCAAUUCAUUUAUAAAAUUUGAUAGCCCAUUUAUUGCAUAUAAUUUGGCCUGAAAUGGGGCUUUUCUCCUUCUCCCCUGAAAAUAUAAUUAAAUUAUCAAUUUGGAAUCUCACUGUUUAUAAGAUAAUUUGCUCAAAAACUAAACUAUUUUGAGGUGUUUCACAAGUUUUCCAAAUCAGCUGUCUAGAAUUCAAGAUAGACUAUGAGAUGUUUUAGAUUUAGAUUUAAAUAUUGUCACCUGCUGUUGCUGAAUAAACGUUAAAGGGAAAACUUACUUUUUUGAGCUUUAAAUCAUGUUAAAAAGUCAUUCCUUUAUCAAAAACAUGGAUUAUUGCUUUGAUUCUUUCAUUCAUGUUUGAGAAAUCCUGGAGUCUCCAUAGCAACCAUUCAGCUAUGCUAAACACCUGGGUGAACUUCGAGUUUCCACCUCACAGAGCAACCCUGUCCCACCCAGCUCCUUCAGACUAGCCAGCAGCAGUUAGCAGACAUCUGGUGGAAAUAUGUGUUGUCGCUAUUUCUCAGUGAAACGUGAAACUGUGGUUAAAGGGUUAACAGAGGAGCCAUGUUGAGACGACUUCCAGAAGGCGGAGUUUCAGAAAGAG